AUGGCUCUCUUCGCCGUUCCCAACAUCAUCCAGGACCUCAUCCCAGCAGCAGCCUCCGAGUCAAUCAACCCUUGGACCUGGAACCUGAACCUGAACGCCUCUGGUCUCUACGAAUACCUUCCCACCAUGCACGCCUUGUCCAAGUUCGCCCUGCUGGGCGCCUGCGCCGUUCAGUCGGUGAUGGGUCUGCCCGAACCUGUCGAGAGACAUGAGGCCAACCUCCUCAAGCGCAACGUCGACGACUGGAUCAACAGAGAGACCCCCAUCGCCUGGGAGAAGCUCCUCUGCAACAUCGGCCCCGAUGGCUGUGCUGUUCGCAACCAGGGUGUUCCCGCUGGUGUCGUUGUUGCCAGCCCUUCCCGCUCCGACCCUGACUACUUCUACACCUGGACCAGAGAUGCCGCCCUCGUCUACAAGGGCCUUGCCGAUGCCUUCCGCCGCAACUACACUGAGGGUCUCCACACCCAGCUCAAGAACUUUGUCUCCUCCCAGGCCAAGCUUCAGGGUGUCGGCAACCCGGCCGGUGGUCUCAACGACGGCCAGGGUCUUGGUGAGCCCAAGUUCAUGGUUGAUCUCAAGGAGUUCACCGGCGAGUGGGGCCGCCCCCAGCGCGAUGGUCCUCCCCUCCGUGCCAUUGCCCUGAUCCGCUACGCCAAGUGGCUCGUUGAGAACGGCCACAAGGCUGUCUGGCCCACCAUCGAGAACGAUCUCAAGUACUCGGCCCAAUACUGGAACCAGACCGGUUUCGACCUCUGGGAGGAGGUUCCCGGCUCCUCCUUCUUCACCAUCGCCAGCACCCACCGUGCCCUCGUCGAGGGUGCUCAGCUCGGCGCCGUCCUCGGCAAGCCCACCCGUGCUUACACUGCCGUCGCCCCUCAGGUUCUCUGCUUCCAGCAGUCUUUCUGGAACGCUCGCGAGGGUUUCGUUGUCUCCAACAUCAACGGUGGUGAGUGGCGCCGCGGCCGCGACGCCAACUCGAUCCUCGCCUCCAUCCACAACUUCGACCCCUCCGCCGGCUGCGAUGCCAACACUUUCCAGCCCUGCUCCGACAGGGCGCUCUCCAACCACAAGGUCGUCGUCGACUCUUUCCGCUCCAUCUACAACAUCAACCGCGGCAUCGCCCAGAACAAGGCCGUCGCUGUUGGCCGCUACUCUGAGGAUGUCUUUUACAACGGCAACCCCUGGUUCCUCGCCACCUUUGCCGCCGCCGAGCAGCUCUACGAUGCUCUCCUCGUCUGGAAGGCCCAGGGCUCCAUCGCCAUCACCCAGACCUCCCUUCCUUUCUUCCGCGACCACGUCUCGGGCGCCACCGUCGGCACCCACGCUGCCGGCUCCGCCACCUACAACCAGAUCGUCUCCGCCAUCACCGCCUACGCCGACGGCUUCAUUGAGGUCGCCUCCAAGUACGCCCACUCCAACGGUGCCAUGAACGAGCAGAUUGACCGCAACACCGGCCAGCCUAUCGCCGCCCCCGAUCUCACCUGGUCCUACUCCGCCUUCCUCACCGCCACCGCCCGCCGCGACGGUUACAUCCCCACCGGCUGGGGCGCCGGCCAGGCCACCGCCCUCCCCGCCGGACAGUGCCAAAAGUUUGAGGUUGCCGGCAACUACAACCUCCCCCCCACGCCUGUCUUCCCCUCCAACCUCACCCCCGCCGCCAACGCCCCCAUCGAGCAGAUCACCGCUGUUCCCACCGGCUGCACCAACCCCGAGAAGGUCUUUGUCACGUUCAACGAGCGCGCUUCUACUUCCUGGGGCCAGGUGAUCAAGGUUGUCGGCAACGUUCCCGAGCUCGGCAGCUGGGACGUCAACAAGGCUGUUCCGCUUUCCGCGUCCAAGUACACCUCUGGGGACCCGUUGUGGUCUAUCACUCUGCCUAUCCAGGCCGGGAGCAGUGUUCAGUACAAGUACAUCCGCAUCACGAACGGUGUUGCCGGUGUUAGCUGGGAGGGGGGUGACAAUAGGGCUUUUAGCGUGCCGGGGGCUACUUGCGAUGUUCAGAAUCGGUGGGAUAACUGGAGGUAA